AUGACGAUGGUCAUUGACAACCAAGGUCGACACUACGGCGGCUUAAGUUACGAUCACAUGUAUUCCAACAUGCAUCCGUCACCACAGUUCAGUGAUCCGUGGUCUCAUCAGACGGGCACUACCUCGGGUUCGUCAUUUCCAGCGCUGUCCAAGACGGACAGCUCGAGAUCUGGAAUCUCGAUGCCAUACUCGCACAUGCCUCCAGUCACUGGCUCAAUGGCUCAAGGUAGCGCCUACUCUGGCACUGUAUUCUCGAGCACGGAUAUGCUAAGUUAUCCUCAAGACAUUCCACGCUCGACAUAUGCAGAGCAGUCAUACUCGUCGCCGGCGACAUCAUCUUCGUACGCCCCGUCGUACUCUUCCCUCAGUUACGCUCAGUCUCUGCACCAACAACAGCAACAGCAACAGCACAGAAAACUCUCAGAUACGGUCGAUAACUCGCGCGCCGCCAAUGCCAGUUUUGGCGAACUCGAUGCCUCCCGAGGCAUGUUGGCUCUCAGCCACCAAACCAUGCAGGAUUUGACGCCUAGGAACAUUUACGAAGUUCGGACCCAAAGGGCUUCGACUGAUUCUUACGGGUUUCCACAAGCCGCCUCAUCUCAUUCAUCAAUCUCGAAUGAGUCUGGCCGUGGCUAUCCAUAUUAUGCGCCAAGUUCAGUUGGCUCUGUCAGCGACUCUGCAACGGAUUACAGCUCGGCAGCCUCAGACGCGGGGUAUGAGUCCAUGGCCGCUUCCCGCACACUCCCUCGUCCAGCGCAACUAUUGGGGGCACCUUUGGGACCUCCUGCCCCCCAGUCGAUGAUGAGCCAAUUCUCAUCCAAAAUGUCUGCCAACACGCAGAAGAAGCACAAGUGCAAAAUCUGCGACAAGCGCUUCACGCGACCCAGCUCAUUGCAGACACACAUGUAUAGCCACACUGGAGAGAAGCCCUUUGCAUGUGACGUCGAAGGAUGUGGACGCCAUUUCUCUGUCGUCUCCAACCUGCGCCGACACAAGAAGGUACACAAAGGCGAUUCUCAAUCCACUACUAGUCAUUCAGAUGUCGAAGAGUGA